AUGAUACAAGGAAUUAGCAGCAAAUCAUCACUAGCAGUGAUUGUGCAACCGAAUGUCACUUCAUAUAAAUUUGAGGGAUUGAUUGGGAACACAACAUAUCGUGUAAGUGUUGAAGGGUUUUCCGAUAAAGUGAGUGUGUUCUAUACGAGUACACUGAUAUCAACAUCGCUGGCAGGUUGGCACGACUCACUUCUCUCCAUCGUUUUUAUAAGGAUUUGUCAAAUAUUCAAUUCAGGCAGAGACUUCCCUCUCUGA